CUGUAACCGCAGGGCUCCUUCCCUAGUGGUCUAUGUCCCUUGUCCGGAGUCAUGGAGACGUUGCGGCCACCACGGCGCCGCCUCUGUCCGAAGAAGGGGAAGUGACCUCCGGCCUCCAAGCUCUGGCUGUGGGGGAUCCCGGAGGCUCCUCGGCUUCGGCCAAUCAAGCCGAGGAAGAGGGGGAGGGAGGCCGGGAGGAGGCCGAGCGGGAGGGGUCUGGCGCCGAGGAGGUGCUGGGAGAAGCCCCCAGCGCUGGGGGGAAAGAGCGUGCCGAGGGAGAAUCCGAGGACUGGUACGUGCCCUGCAGCGAUGAGGAGGUGGAGCUGCCCGCCGACGGGCAGUCCUGGAUGCCGCCCCCCUCCGAAAUCCAGAGGCUCUAUGAAUUGCUGGCUGCCCAAGGUACCCUGGAGCUUCAGGCCGAGAUCCUGCCCCGCCGGCCACCCACGCCCGAGGCCCCGAGUGAAGAGGAGAGAUCCGACGAGGAGCCGGAGGCCAAAGAAGAGGAAGAGGAAAAACCCCACAUACCCACAGAAUUUGACUUCGAUGAUGAGCCGAUGACACCAAAGGACUCCCUGAUUGACCGGAGACGCACCCCAGGAAUCUCAGCCCGGAGCCAGAAACGGGAGGCCCGCCUGGACAAGGUCCUCUCAGACAUGAAGCGACAUAAGAAGCUGGAGGAACAGAUCCUUCGAACGGGCAGGGACCUCUUCAGCCUGGACUCAGAGGACCCCAGCCCCGCAAGCCCCCAACUCCGGCCCUCGGGGAGUAGUCUCUUUCCUCGGCAGCGGAAAUACUGACAGUACUGACUGCGGCUGCCUUAGGGUGCAGUAGGUGGGCCUGCCGGGCCCUGGGCUCCUUCCCUAACCCAGGGUGCUGGGAAGCUUGGGAAGAGGAGAGAAGCUCCAAACUCCCACCAUAGCGCCUUGCCAGAAAGAGGGCACGCAUCUGCGUGUGUGUGUGUGUGUGUGUGUAUGUGUGUGUGUUUCCUGUUGAACAUGUGUUUGGAGACCUGGGAUGAAUUUUCUGAAUCUAAAAUAAAAACUACAAAGUUAUCUUCCCUGA